UGGGUUUCACGACAAGUAUGGUGCUUUGGAAAUCGCCUCAUCCCGAUCUUGCGAUCCCGACUGACAUCACGACAUGGGAGUGGGCAUUUGAAUCCGCGGUUUUCUCGCCACUUCAACAACCCUCGCCUGACUUGGGUAGUUACUGCAAUGCAGUCACCAGGGAGAGACUCGAUUUUGCACAGGUUAAGGAAAAGGCUACGAAGCUGAGCACUAUCUUAGUCCGUAACUAUGGACUCAAGUCACAGGAGACUGUCACGCUGUUUAGCACAAACACAAUCUGGUACCCGGUGGCAAUGUGGGCAACUGUGAGAGCAGGGGGUCGAGUUAACGGAGCCUCGCCUUCGUACACGGUCGAAGAAAUGAAGCAGGCGCUGAAGACGGCAGAGGCCAAGUUACUCAUGACUUUGCCGAGCUCCUUGGAAGUGGCUAUCGCUGCCGGCAAAAGUGUCGGCAUGCCCAAGUCCCACGUCCUACUUCUCGAGGGGUCGGCUCCCGGUUUCACUAACAUUCAGGAACUUAUCGCGCAGUACGAAAUUCAGGGAUUGAAACCGGAGCUUCCAUGGUUUAUUCCACCUGGAAAGACGAACAAGGACAUCUGCGGAUACCUCAAUUUCAGUUCGGGCACCACUGGACUACCCAAAGCUGUCAUGCUGUCUCAUCACAAUGUCAUAGCUCAGUGUCAACAACUGCAACAACUCCAGGUUCUCCCCUCGGACGGAUCCAGGUACCGCAUCUUGGCCGUGAUGCCCUUAUUCCACAUCACGGGACUAGUGCGCUUCUGCCACUACCCCGUCUUUCUGAACGGCGACUCCAUCAUGCUUCCGAAAUUCACGAUGGACCAAAUGCUGAAAUCCAUCAUAGAAUACCGUAUCGAGGAGUUGAUCCUCGUGCCACCAAUCAUAGUGCGCAUGGUCCGAGACCCAGUCGUCGACAAGUAUCUCCCGGACCUGAGACGUGUGGUAAAAAGGUGGUCUUCUGGCUCUGCCCCUUCAUCUCCAGAGAUCAUUGAGCAAUUGCAUGCGAAGUUUCGAGACACAGGCUUCCGUCAGGGUUACGGAGCCACUGAAUCGACGGCUUGCAUUUCCUCCCAUCCGCCGAGUCACUUUGACUACCAAUAUGCCAAAAGCGCUGGCAUUUUGGUUGCGAAUACAUUCGCCAAAGUCAUUUCUCUGGAGGAUCCCACCAUACUUUUGGGUCCGGGUGAAACGGGCGAAAUAUGCGCCAAAGGACCUCAAAUCGCUAUGGGAUACUUGGGCAACGAAGCUGCGACGAAAGAGUCAUUUGAUGAUGAAGGCUACUUGCACACCGGUGACGUGGGCCACAUCACCACAGAAGGCCUCAUCUACAUCGAAGACCGAAUCAAAGAAAUGAUCAAAGUCAAGGGCCUGCAAGUACCACCGGCUGAGCUGGAAGAUUCUCUGCUUAGCCACCCAGACGUGGAAGAGUGCGCCGUCCUCGGCAUCCCGGACUCAUACACGGGUGAGCGACCGAAGGCCUUCGUUGUUCUUAAGCAGGGAGUAUGGCCAAGCGUCGAAAUGGGGAGAAGGCUCUUGGAUAUUGUCAUGAAGAGAAAGGUUCGCUAUAAGUGGCUCGUUGAGAUUGAGUUCACGGACUCCAUUCCGAGGAAUGGGGCGGGGAAGCUCCUGAGGAGGGUAUUAAAGGGCAUGGAUCAGGAUAAGAAUAGGGUGAAAGGCUUGCGUGUCGGUCGUCAAUGGUGUUAUCGCUUGCCUCCCUCACUAGCACCAGAUGCCUCGGGUGCCCGGACGUCUGGGGCUUGUUAG